AUGGUUGUACCAAGAUUGUAUUAUUCCACCAGCCGUGCUGCUUUGCAGACCGCUAGAGCUAAUCAGCGUCUUGCCAGAGGUUUGGCUACCGCUGCUGCCUCCACCGGUAAGGUUAGAGCCGUCAUUGGUGCCGUUGUCGAUGUUCAAUUUGAACAAGGUCAAUUGCCAGAUAUUCUUAACGCCCUUGAGCUGCAGAACGGUGACCAGAAAUUGGUCUUAGAGGUUGCCCAACAUUUGGGUGAGAACACCGUCAGAACCAUUGCUAUGGACGGUACUGAAGGUUUGGUUAGAGGAACUAGCGUCACUGACACUGGUUCUCCUAUCUCCGUUCCUGUCGGUAGAGGUACUUUAGGUCGUAUCAUUAACGUCAUUGGUGAGCCAAUUGACGAGAGAGGACCAAUUGAGUGCAAGCAAAGAAACCCUAUUCAUGCCGACCCUCCAUCCUUCGUCAACCAAUCCACUGCUGCCGAAGUUUUGGAAACUGGUAUCAAAGUCGUCGACUUAUUGGCCCCUUACGCCAGAGGUGGUAAGAUUGGUCUGUUCGGUGGUGCCGGUGUCGGUAAGACUGUGUUUAUCCAAGAGCUGAUUAACAACAUUGCUAAGGCUCACGGUGGUUUCUCCGUUUUCACCGGUGUUGGUGAACGUACCAGAGAAGGUAACGAUUUGUACCGUGAAAUGAAGGAGACUGGUGUUAUUAACUUGGAGGGUGACUCCAAGGUCGCCCUGGUCUUCGGUCAAAUGAACGAGCCUCCUGGAGCUAGAGCUCGUGUUGCUUUGACUGGUUUAACCAUUGCUGAAUACUUCAGAGACGAGGAGGGUCAAGAUGUGUUGUUGUUCGUUGACAACAUUUUCAGAUUCACCCAAGCUGGUUCUGAGGUGUCCGCUUUGUUGGGACGUAUUCCAUCUGCCGUUGGUUACCAACCUACUUUGGCCACUGAUAUGGGUCUGUUGCAAGAGCGUAUUACCACUACUCAAAAGGGUUCCGUCACCUCUGUCCAAGCCGUUUAUGUGCCAGCCGAUGAUUUGACUGAUCCUGCUCCAGCCACUACCUUCGCCCACUUGGACGCCACCACCGUGUUGUCUCGUGGUAUCUCUGAAUUGGGUAUUUACCCAGCUGUCGACCCUCUGGACUCCAAGUCUAGAUUGCUAGACGUUGCCGUUGUCGGUCAGGAACACUACGAAGUUGCUACCCAAGUCCAACAGACCUUGCAAGCUUACAAGUCUUUGCAAGAUAUUAUUGCCAUUUUGGGUAUGGAUGAAUUAUCCGAGCAAGACAAGCUUACCGUUGAGCGUGCUCGUAAGAUUCAGAGAUUCUUGUCUCAACCAUUCGCCGUCGCCGAGGUCUUCACUGGUAUCCCAGGUAGAUUGGUCAGACUGAAGGACACCGUCAGAUCCUUCAAGGAGGUCUUGGAUGGUAAGUACGACCAUUUGCCAGAAAACGCUUUCUACAUGGUUGGUGGUAUCGAAGACGUUGUCGCCAAGGCUGAAAAGUUGGCUGCCGAGGCUAACUAA